UGGAGCUUAUGCGCAGCUUCUGAAAACCAUAGGAAACCAAACAUGUCGUUCCUCAAACUUGGCACUCGCAGACCCUUUUCCUUUUCAUCUGCACUCCGAAUCUUCCAUCCACGCUUCUUCUCUUAUGUUGCGGAGGGGGAGAGUGUUCACGCUUCCGAUGCUACGAAGCCAAGCUUCAUCCACCCUAGUGCUGUAGUUCACCCCAAUGCCGUCAUCGGUGAGGGAGUUUCAAUUGGACCUUUUUGUUCUGUUAGUUCCUACGCUAAGCUGGGGAACGGUUGUCAACUAUAUCCCGGAAGCCAUAUUUUUGGAAGUACUGAGUUAGGGGACAAUUGCAUGUUGAUGACUGGUGCUAUUGUUGGUGACGAUUAUCCUGGAUGCACCAUAAUUGGAAGCAAUAACAUAAUAGGAUAUCAUGCUGUGGUUGGUGUUAAAUGCCAGGACUUGAAAUACAAGCCAGAGGAUGAGUGUUUCCUGGAAGUUGGACACAAUAAUGAUAUAAGGGAACAUACUUCAAUCCACCGAUCUUCAAAAUCAACAGAUAGGACGGUUAUUGGUGAUGAAAAUUUAAUUAUGGGAUCUUGUCACAUUGCCCAUGAUUGCAAGAUUGGUAAUAGCAAUAUUUUUGCUAAUAAUACUCUUCUAGCUGGACACGUUGAGGUGGAGGACUGUGUUCACACUGCAGGUGCCACUGUUGUUCACCAAUUCUGCCAUCUUGGUUCUUUCUCUUUUCUUGGUGGUGGUUCUGUGGUUUCACAAGAUGUCCCGAAGUACAUGAUGGUAUCUGGAGAAAGAGCUGAGCUGCGCGGUCUAAAUUUAGUAGGACUGACUCGACGUGGAUUCAGCAUAGAAGAGAUCAGGAGUCUUAGAGCAGCUUAUCGAAAGAUAUUCAUGUGUGUGGAUGCAAGUGUCGGGUCUUUUGAAGAAAGACUUGCACAAGUGGAACAAGAUAAUAAAUUGAUUCACGUUCCUGCUGUGCGUGCUAUGUUGCAGUCUAUUCAUGACUCUUUUGCAGAAGAUCGACGUGGAAUAUGCAGGUUUAGGGUCUGGAAUGGAAUGGCUCUAGAAGCAUGCUGAGAUAUGUCUUGCAAUUUCUGCUAAAUUGCGAGCACAUGUUCAUUGAUGUAUUCUAUGAUUGGUCUCCGGAAGCUCUACAGAAGGAAGUUGGUUUACGUUGGAGCGGUUCUCCUCAUUUCUAUAAUUUGUAGAAGAGUUUGUUGUAUUAUUAAGUGCUUACUAAUCUCUAAUUUUUGUAUAGGUUCUUAUUGUAUACAGACACAUUUCUCUUCAAGUGGUAGAUUAUAUUGUUAAUUUUUGGUCAAUGAACGUUAUCUUUGGAUU